UAUUUCCCCUUGCUUCCCUCUCCCCCUCUUUGCCUCCUCUUCCCACGCUAAGCCCUGCUCUGUGGGCUCUCUCUCUCUGUCACACUCCUACGCCCUCGUCUCCCGGUGAACCAUGUCCGGGGAUAAACGCCAGGCGCCUGGGGUCCAGUCUAACCAUGACACCGGGAAAGACCAGCCGGAGCCUCCGCCCUCCUGUCGCCUGUUUGUUGCUGGCCUCGAUCCUCGAAUCACAGAGAAGGAGUUGAUCAUAGUGUUCAAUCGCAUCGGCGGCCUCAAGCAGGUGACCAUUCCCCACCAUAAGGAAGGACCGCGCAUCGGCCAGCGCCGGGAUUUUGCCUUCGUCGAGAUGGAGUCGGAAACGGAUGCCAUGUCGGCCAAAACCCGCCUCGACGGCUUGCUCCUGGGCCAUCGACGCCUGGUGGUCCGCUUCGCAUCGGCGAAAACCCAUGAUGGCUUCCGCGGCCGGUCGGAUUCCUCAACCGGCUUCCAGGCCAUGGUGGACCCGGUUACCGGGCGAAUCGUGGCUUCCACUCAGGAGGCAGUCCUUGGGGUGGAUGAGCACGGGCGCGCGGUCACCGCAUCCAAGGCAGCCUCUCAGGCCAAACGGGCUCAGGCCCUGUCGGAACAGCUUGUGCAAACCACGACCCCGGGAGCCAGGAUUGCCCUGUUGCGGGAUCGCCUUCGUCGGAUCAACCGGGUCACCUCGGAUGCCGACCGGCAGGAUCGGCUGCGAACUACACGCGCCGAGCGCGCCUCCUCCUCAGCAGGGGAUGCCUCUCCCUCGCCCUCGCCGUCGCCGUCGCCCUCGCCCUCGCCGUCGCCCUCUGGAAGGGAGAAUCCCUGAUGUGAAGUCGCCCGACCCUCUGGCAAUGAAGAAAUCAUAAACAAAAGUCCUCGAGA